AUGCACUUCUCCAGCCUACUGUGCGCUGUGGGCCUCCUCGCAAUUGUUUCCGCAUUCCCUAACGUACCCUUUGUAACCUCGGGUCAAUGGGUUCACGACUCUACCGGUGAGAACUUUACCUACGUGGGCGUCAACUGGCCUGGUGCCGGUGAGGUGAUGAUUCCUGAGGGACUUCAGUACCAGAGCAUUGCGUCGAUUGUGUCAGAUAUUAAAAGUCUGGAAAUGAACUCAGUCAGGUUGACUUUCGCCAUUGAGAUGAUCGACGACAUCAAAGACAAUGGGGGAGAUGUCACAAUUCAAGAUGCGUUCAGGAAGGCAUUGGGUGACACAAACGGUACCGCUGUAUACCAGCAAGUGAUCGAAAACAACCCACAAUUCGGGCCUUCGACCACAAGACUUCAGGUCUACGAUGCUAUCGCUACCGAGCUCGAAAAGCAGCAAAUCUAUGUUCACCUUGAUAACCACAUGUCCAAAGGAAAGUGGUGCUGUUCCACCAAUGAUGGUAACGCAUGGUUUGGCGACGCUGAUUUUGACGUCACCAAAUGGAAACGUGGCCUUCAGUACAUGGCUGAGCAUAGCAAGCAAUGGCCCAACAUGGUCUCAAUCGGCCUUCGCAAUGAAUUCCGCGAGCCGGACGAUGCCAGCUCUUCCCUUCCAUACGACUGGCCAACCUGGUACGAGCAGAAUAUUGCGGCUGCCGACGUCGUCAAUGCUGCAAACCCAGAUAUCCUAAUAUUUUUGUCCGGUCUAAACUUCGACACGACACUUCAACCUAUUCCCGGAGCCGAUGAUCUAGGUGAUGGCAAGAAGUUCCUCCUUACCGAUUUCAAGUAUGCCGACAAACUCGUCCUCGAGAUGCAUAACUACCAGAAUUCCGCUACGAACUGUGGAGAUAUCGAAGGCGGUCUGUGGAACAACGGUUUCCGUGCGACCGGUGAGGAGGCUGUAAACAAGAUGCCUGUACUUCUGACUGAGUUUGGAUUCACCCAAGCAGAUGGUAGCUAUGACAGCGUCUAUGCGACCUGCCUGCGCAAGCUGAUGCCGCAGUGGAAAUCGGGUUGGAUGGUGUGGGCACUUGGCGGGAGCUAUUACAUUCGCACCGGGACCCAGGACUAUGAGGAGACGUGGGGCUUGUUGAAUCAUGACUGGAGUGCAUGGAGAAACACGGAUGCGAUUGAAGCGCUCAAAAGCAUGGUAAACGCCACACUCGCGGCUGUACAAUGA